AUGGGGGCUUAUCCAUCUCAGUUUGAGGAACGGCCAGGACGAUGGUCACAGCCACGGCGGCAAGGACGUGCACGUAUCAGAAGGGAAGGCAGCACAAAAUCCUCCCAGAAUACCACAAAGAUAGUAGAUAAAGCCACAAAACUCGGUGAAACUCAAUCCAUGUUGCCUCCGAAACCCUCGAAUCAAGAACCACACAUGUAUAAACAUAUACUGAAUCUAUUUGAUAGUUCUUGCAGCUUGGAAAAUCUGCCAGCUAAUGGGGUGUUGUCAAGCAAUAAAAGAAAGGCAAGUUCAUAUCAUUUAAGAUAUUGGGUAGAGAACAACAUAAACUGUUUCAAGCUGUAUGCAAGGGAACUCUCAAUCAUCUGGUCAGACGAUCUUAAGUAUUGGAAAUGGGAACCUGACAAAGAUGAAAGUGACAUAGAAUUGGCUAAACUGAAAAUGGUAUGCUGGCUAGACGUGACAGGGAAAUUUGACAUUGGAAUGCUCUCACCAGGAAUUUUGUAUCAAGUUUUGUUUUCUGUGAUGUUGAAUGAUUCAGCUCAGGGGUGGGAACUUGAUGUAAAUUUCAGACUUACUCUUCCUGGAAAUAAGUUAAUAGAUCGCAAGGAAAAUUUGAAGUCGAAGCCAAAGAACACCUGGAUAGAUAUUCUAGUUGGUGAGUUUACGACCUCUGAUAAAGAUGUUGGUGAUAUGAAGAUCUCUAUGUAUGAACAUGAAGGUGGCAUGUGGAAGACUGGUCUUUCCAUUCGAGGUGUUACCAUCAAACCAAAAGAAGUAGGAAAUGGAGUAUAA